CUAUGGUGAAAUAAAAUACUAUGAUUGCAAUAAACAUAGAAAAACUAGCAGCAAAGAGUCAGGGGUCAUUACAAAUCAUACACCACACAUGGGAGUCUAUUUAUGCAUGGAAUGUGGCAAAGUUUUUAACAAGAAGUCACAGCUUACUACACACCAGAGAACUCACACAGGAGAAAAGCCAUACCAGUGUAAUGAGUGUGGAAAAGCCUUCUCACAGAAGUCACUGCUCACUCUUCACCGAAGGACUCACUCGGGAGAAAAGCCUUAUGGGUGUGAUGAGUGUCAGAAGGCUUUUAGCAGGAAGUCAUUGCUGGUUCUCCAUCGAAGAACUCAUACUGGAGAGAAGCCCUAUAACUGCAGUGAAUGUGGUAAAGCCUUCAGCAGGAAGUCACAGCUUAAAAGACAUCAGCUAAUUCAUACAAUAGAGAAACCCUAUGGCUGCAGUGACUGUGGGAAAGCUUUCUCCCAGAAAUUAAAGCUCAUCACACAUCAAAGAACACAUACAGGAGAGAAGCCCUAUAAAUGUAGCGACUGUGGAAAAGCUUUCUUUUGGAAGUCACAGCUCAUUACGCAUCAGAGGUCUCAUACAGGGAAGAAACCUUAUGCAUGUGGUGAGUGUAAAAAAGCCUUCAGCAGGAAUUCGCUCCUCAUUAGGCAUCAGAGGAUUCACACAGGAGAGAAACCCUAUGGAUGCAGUGAAUGUGGUGAAGCCUUCAUCAGAAAGCCACAGCUUAUUAAACAUCAGAUGACCCACACAGGAGAGAAGAAGUAUCAAUGCAGCGAUUGUGAGGAAGCCUUCUUCAAGAAGUCAGAGCUAGUAAGACAUCAAAAAAGUCACUUAGGGGAGAAACCCUAUGGAUGUGUCGAGUGUGGCAAAACCUUCUUUGGGAAGUCACAGCUCUUAACACAUCAGAGGACUCACACUGGGGAGAAACCUUAUCAGUGUAGUGAAUGUGGAAAGGCCUUCUCCCAGAAGUCAAGCUUGAUAUCACAUCAGAGGACGCAUACAGGUGAAAAACCCUACAAAUGUAGUGAAUGUGAGAAAACCUUCAGUGAGAAGUCGAGUCUCAUUCAUCAUCAGAGGACUCAUACUGGAGAAAAGCCUUUUGAAUGUAGUGAAUGUAGGAAAGCUUUUGCUUGGAAACCGCAGCUUCUUAGGCAUCAGAGGAUUCACACAGGAGAGAAACCCUAUGAAUGCAGUGAGUGUGGGAAAGCCUUUGUUCAGAAGGUGCAACUUAUUAAGCAUCAGAGAAACCACACAGGAGAGAAAACUUACGCAUGCAGUGAUUGCACAAAAGCUUUCUUUGAGAAGGCACAGCUCAUCAUCCACCAGAGAAUUCAUACAGGAGAGAGGCCCUAUAAGUGUGGAGAAUGUAGGAAAUCUUUCACUAGGAAGUCACACCUAAUGAGGCAUCAGAGAAUUCACACAGGAGAUAAAUACUAUGGGUGCAGUGAAUGUGGGGUUACCUUCAACAGGAAGCCGCAGCUCAUGAUACAUCAGAGAAAUCAUGGAAGCCACAUGAGUGCAGUGAGUGUGCAAAGAUGCUAUCCAGUAUCCAGCUAACCAUUCUGAGGAUAUAUACAGAAGAGAUCCAUAUUGAGGCAGUGAUGGCUGACAAAGCUAACUAGGGAGUCAGGAGUCACUAAACAGACUUCAGAAAGGAGAGAAUGUUUAUAAAAGAUGAAAAGCUUUCUCCCAGAAGACAUAAUUCAUUGCAUCUCCUGACUUUUCAAAGUGAAAAUGUUAUUACUGCUGGAGGUAGUGCAGGAGCAUUCAGUGAGAAAUCACAGGUACUAAACAGAAGAAAAGCUACCGUAGUGAGUGAGUCAAAGAUCUCAUCCAGAAAGGACAACCCAGUCAAUACUUGAGAAUGCUUACAAAAGAAAAUGGUGACUAUUAAGUCUCAGACUUCAUACCAAGGAGUAGUCUUGAUGAUACGAAGAGUAUGAUAGGCUGAUCCUAUGAAGUUGUGUUGACUGUAUAUGAAAUGCCAGAGAAAAAUAGUCAGUUUGAA